CGGACCACUACCUAUAUCAUAUCUGACAGCUAUCGUAGUGAGCCCCUGGUCGUCGUAGCCAUACGACGUCAAUCAUGGAAGAGCCUUUCAGUCUUGACCUUGUCUUUGACCCAGAUACUCUCGAGACGAUCGAAGAGAGCCCCGUUGCCUAUGUGACGCAAGCCUUCUACCGUCAAGACGAGUCUCACAGGCCCAUCGCUAUCAAAAGCGCGUCAAUACAACCACACUUCUCGAAGAAACCCCAUGAUAUCGCAAAGGAGCUCAGACUUUUGCGGAAACUGUCUCACGCCAAUGUCAUCCAUGUGCUCGGACAUGGCUUUGAGCAAGCCACAAGCUCGCUCCAUUUUUGGAUGCCGUUUAUACCGUACAAGCUCAGAGACUUACUGGACUCGCCUUCAUUCAGCUCGUAUCCUUCGCCCGGCAAUCCAACCCAAGAGCAUGAUGCAAUAUCAUUCCCCAUCCUUGCGAAGUCGCUCAUAUAUCAGAUCAUACGCGCAGUGACAUACCUGCACGAGCAACGCAUCGCUCACCGUGACAUCAAACCGGGGAAUGUCCUGGUUGACGAACAAGGGAUCGUCAAGCUCAUUGAUUUCGGGAUCGCAUGGGCAGAUCCUGAGGUCCAUAACCGCGUGAACGAUCUGUGGCCAGAGCAGGCCAAUAACAUGUGCUUCGACGUCGCGACAGGGCCGUAUCGUGCUCCCGAACUCUUGUUCGGGGCUUCGUCAUACGAUCCCUACACCACAGACCUUUGGAGCCUCGGUACUACAUGCGCAGAAUUCUUCACGCCGCUGAGGAUGCAGAGCCGAUACGAGGAUGAGGAGGAUCUGGAACUCGACUCGGACGAAGAGAGCCUGAACGCACCUUUUAUCGUACCCAAGUCACUCGCGGUUGAUGACCCAGACGCUGAAUGGAGGCGAGACUCGCUUUUUGACGCAUCGCGAGGAUCUAUCGGCCUCGCUUGGAGUAUCUUCAAAACUAGGGGCACCCCGACAGAGUCCUCAUGGCCGGACUUCGGCCUCCUCCCAGACGCCAAUAAGAUCUCUUUCCAAGUAGUACCCAAGCAAGAUCUGCGAACAUUGCUGCCAAACUUGCCUCCCACAACGACCCCGGCACACUCAGACAAGCGGGACUGCGUGGACCUGAUCGACAGGCUCCUAACUUACCAGCCGUCGAUGCGGUUGAGUGCAGCUAAUGCUCUCCGUCAUCCAUGGUUCACCGAGGCGGCCCCCCUUCUCGUCCCGCUAGGGUACACGGUGGCAUCGGAGGAUGCCCAGCGCGUGGAGACGUGGGAGGGGAAGACAUUGGUGGACCUGUUGCUGUCAAAGCUUCAACCAUCACGCGCGCCUGUGUACAACAGAGAAGAUUGA